CAAUUCCCAGUUAAAAUGUUGCUUAUCAAACUAACCGUAGUUGUAAUUGCAGUAGCUUACACUACUGCAACUCCUCUGUACAACCAGACAAACGUCGGUAGUAAUUGUGUUAUUUCACAGUUUGGUCAAGUAAAUAAUGUUAUUAACAGUUGUAAAAACAUCGUUAUUCAAAAUCUCGCCGUGCCAGCUGGUAAAGAACUGACAUUGGAACUGCAAUCAGGAACAUCACUGGCGUUUAAAGGUACAAUUUCUUUUGGAUACGGAGUGCAAUGGGACGGACCGAUGAUUCGCAUUAAAGGAGAUCAUUUAACAGUAGACGGAGCCGGAGCUACGCUGGACGGUCAAGGUGCUCAUUAUUGGGAUGGAAAAGGAGGCAGCGGGAGCAGAAAACCCAAAUUUCUCAGAAUCCAGGCUAAAUCUUCCACAUUCUCCAACAUUCAUCUCCUGAAUUGUCCCAAACAGUGCACUUCAGUUCUGAACAGCGAUCAUGUCACUUUAGAUAAAUGGAACAUCGAUGUAUCCGCUGGUGAUAAAAACCAAUUGGGCCACAAUACCGAUGGGUUUGACAUAUCCGUAUCGACCAACGUAUUGGUAAAAAACUCUGUCAUCAAGAAUCAAGACGACUGUGUUGCCAUUAACUCUGGUUCAAACAUCCAUAUUAACAAUUUGGAUUGUUCCGGAGGUCACGGUUUGAGUUUAUCAAUCGGAGUCAGCAAGACUGAUUCCAGUAAAAACCGAGCGUCCAACAUUACGUUCAGUGACUCCACUGUUAGUAACUCCCGCAAUGGUAUCCACGUCAAAACUCACACUGAUGGCGCUGUUGGUUACAUGAAAGACAUCACCUAUUCCAACAUUCAAUUCAAAGACUUGACUCACUAUGGUAUCAACGUUCAGGAGAACUACAAGAAUGGUAAAUCAACCGAUAAACCGAAGGGUAACAUCCCCAUUCACGGAUUGAAAUUGAACAACGUCCGCGGAACUAUGACUGGCAAGAACAGUGAAGCUGUAUACAUCCUUUGUGGAAGCAAUGGUUGUGACAACUUUAAUUGGUCAGGAGUGUCUAUAAGCGGCGCACAUAAGAGCAGCUCCUGCAAUUACAAGCCAUCGGGAUACUCUUGUUAGAAUUAAUAAAAUUGUUACCUACAUUUGUUGUUCAAUUAUUUUAUUGAAUUACGUUAAUCCCUAAAUUUUGUAUAAUGAUAAUUUACAAGUAAUACUGCUA